CUCCCAUCUAUUCUGUCAAAGUCACACCACAAUAACACCAAAAUAAUAACUCAAUCAUGGAAACAGAAAUUAUUCAUAAAUAAUAAAAGGACUAAAGGACAAAAAUACUUUGAAAUGGAACUAUUUCGCACAAAUGAUUUCUACAUAUUCGUUAAGGGUGAAUAUUCUUUGUGGUGGGAUCGAUAUACUGGAGCUUUUAUACCCAAAACAGGAUGGGAUUUGACAGAUGCAGAUGAUCCAAUAUGUCUCGGAAUGUGCGAUGGUAUUAUAGGAAAGGUGGAACAUAGUCCACUUUUUGAUCCCAGAUUGCUCCUAAUUAAAGAAAGUCUUCCAGUGGGCAAACUCCAUGGUGAUAAUAUGGUUUACAAAAUAAAGUCCGUCGUUUUUCUACCACUAGGACCGGAAACUGUCGAUUUAAAUUUGUCAGCUUGUCGUAAGCACAAAACAAUGGAAUUGAAACAAAAUCCCGCCAAUACUAGCCUAUUAUUCGAUCUUCAAAAGAAUAGCGCCUUUACGAAAACUUGGGGCACUUUAAAGAGCGCCGGCAAUACUCUAAAACAGACAACUCAACAAGCAGCGGCUCUUGCGGGUGUUCAGAAGAAGAGCAACUUAAAAGACAAAGACCGAUUCGAAAGACAGAUAGUCGAGGAAUUUUACAAAAUUUUUAAUGAUACGAAUUCGUUUUACUACUCACAUACUACCGAUUUAACGAAUUCUUUACAACGAUUGUGCAAAUUGGAGAGACAAGGUGUCCAUUCGACAGCUAUGUGGAAAAGCGUUGAUGACAGGUUCUUUUGGAACCGAAACAUGUUGAAGGGUAUUCUAGAAACAGAGAAUCCUUUAUGUGAUUCUUGGAUAUUACCAAUUAUUCAAGGAUUUAUUCAAAUUGAAGAAUGUAAAGUGGAUAUGGAUAGGGACCUGGUUGAUGUUAACGACAAAAAUUAUGACACUUUUAAACUUUGUCUCAUAUCAAGAAGAAGUAGAUAUCGUGCUGGAACAAGAUAUAAAAGAAGAGGCGUGGAUGAUGAUGGUGAAGUAGCAAAUUAUGUAGAAACUGAACAAAUAAUUUCCUAUCAAUCCCAUGAAGUAUCCUUUGUUCAAGUAAGGGGCUCAGUUCCUGUUUAUUGGUCCCAACCGGGCUACAAGUAUAGACCUCCUCCCAGAAUUGACAAAGGGGAGAGCGAAACUCAAGUUGCUUUUGAAAAACAUUUCACCAAAGAAAUUCACAAUUAUGGCCCAAUAUGUAUCGUAAAUCUAAUUGAUCAGGCGGGGAAAGAAAGAGUGAUAUUCGAUUCUUAUUCUAACCAUGUGUUUCUCUAUAAUAGUCCCUUUGUUACAUAUGUUACAUUUGAUUUUCACGAAUAUUGUAGAGGAAUGCAUUUUGAGAACGUGUCAAUUCUGAUCAGUGCUAUUAGUGAUAUAUUAAAAGACAUGAAUUACUGUUGGAGAGAUAGUCAAGGUCACAUAUGUUCGCAGAACGGCGUAUUUAGGGUGAACUGUAUUGAUUGUUUGGAUAGAACCAAUGUCGUUCAGACCGCUAUAGGUAAAGCUGUUAUGGAAAUACAGUUCUGUAAGUUAGGUUUAAUAUCACCAGAGGGUGUUAUUCCCACUAGUAUUAAGAAUACAUUCCAGUUGUUGUGGGCCAAUAAUGGAGAUACGAUCAGUAAGCAAUAUGCUGGAACUAAUGCCUUAAAGGGAGACUACACUAGAACGGGAGAACGAAAAUUUACUGGCAUCAUGAAAGACGGAAUGAAUUCAGCAAACAGGUAUUAUUUGAGCAGAUUCAAAGAUACAACUAGACAAGGAACAAUAGAUCUGAUGUUAGGCAACUACGUACCUGAAGACAUAUUCAACGAAGCCAAAGCAACCCAAUUCGAAGAAGACACAGUGACUGCGGAGCAUGUUAAACUGUUAAUCGAAGAUUGUAAGAAGAUGCUCAUCAACCAACCCGAGUUGGUAGUAGGAGCGUGGGGCCUCAUUAACGCCGAUCCCGUAGAAGGGGAUCCAAACGAAACUGAAAUGGAUUCGAUACUUAUUCUAACGAGAGACUCCUAUUUUGUAGCUGAUUAUGACGACCAAGUCGACAAAGUUACCGAUUACCAAAGAGUUUUGUUGCAAGACGUUACCUUUCUGGAGUUCGGUAUGGCCGAGAGUAACAUCUCUUUGUUCAAGACGUCCAAACAUAGAUACAGCAUUAGGAUUAAUUAUAAAGUUAACGACGUCAGCGGAUACUACCACAUGUUCAGGUCGACGAAUUUUAGGUUUUUCAACAAUUUGGCGGUCGUGGUUAAGAAUGCCGAGGAAGAAGUUGAAUCCUUGAAGUCCAUUUGCGAAGGAUUUCUAAUUGCGAUAGACAUCUGCGGUUUGCCGACGAUUCCAUUCGUGCAAGGCCAAGCCUUGGACAGGCGAAAAUCCAAAGUGAUAAGCAGCGGUAGGUCUUCUAAUAGCAUCUACUUAGAUAUAGCGUCUCUACCGCAAAUGACUAGAAACGUUUCCGAAACUCAAUUGCUUUCUCUGAAAAAUGUCGGAUCAAAGGCUAUAUCGAACGUUACUCAACAAUUUUCAAAGUUGAACAAAAUCGGCAACACGUUUAAGACUCGAACGAAAAUCAAAGACGGAAUAAAAACUAAAACCGAAACUUCUAGCGAUUCAGAUGAGGAAUACGAAAAUUCGAUUUUCCAACCCGAAGUCCAAGUGGACUCUGGCAUUUCGCCUUUGAGCAUGGACUCUGCCGAUAGCAGAAGUAUAGAACAAGGCUUGGAAGCAACGGAACAAGCGAUGAGUUUACCUCCAAAAGUAGACACUUUCUUGCCCGGCGUAGGAAUAGUGAUGGGAAACAAAACCGAUUUAACGACGGACAUCGAAGGCAUUUUGGAACAAAGGCAUAAUCUAUUAAGCAGAGCGGAUUCUUCGCAUAUGGACGACAUCCAACUAUCUAGCAUUAUGCAGAGCGUUUCUAUCAGUUCCGGCCUUAGCCCGGCACCGGAAAUCCAGAUAAACUCCGAAAACAUGGACGAUACCGUCAAGAAAACCCCGCCUGGUACGUUAUCGUUGGAUAAAAAGAGCACUAAGAGCAGAUCGUCUGUGGAGGUCAGCGAUAUGGUCGAUUACAGUAAGAAAAUUGAAAGAUCGACGUCCGAUUAUGAUGUUCCAUUGAACAUAUCCCAGUCACAGAGCGAGUCCGCUUUGAAGACGUUGAACGCGAUGAGUCCUAUGGGCCCUGCCGCGAAAGAUUUUGUCAUGUCGCCUUUUACCAAGUUGGCUAAGGGCGUUCAGAACAUCGGAGCCAAUUUGGAUCCGAGAAAAUUGGGCGGUCAGGUAAGGCACAUCUCCGAAAAGGAAAUGGAGGAACACAAGAAGCUGCAGGCCCGAUGGAAAGACAGCAAAACUAGAUUGAUCGCGCUGUGAGUGGUAGCGUUGGCUUUUUAAAAGUAUUCUGUCUAGCUUUAAUGCAAAUCUGAAUGGUUUUCUAAAGAAAAAUAGUUUCAGUGCGAUAGACAUUUUGAUUUACUUAGUUGAUUUCCGUUAAUUUGGAUUUAAUGAAGUAAAAUACUCCUUCGUCUAACUGUUUCGCGUUCAAAAUUAGCCAAACGCCUUCCUAUUUUUUUUUAUUGGUAUUUACUCAUAAUUUUGUUGGUUUCACGCAACUAAAAUGAAACAUUUAUUGCCUAUCCUGAAAAGUGGCUUUUUGACAUACAUCACUUUAGAUAGGUCAUUUUGACAUAAUUUUUUGUUGUUUAUUCUAAAGUAUGUGUUUACAAUUAGGCAUUCCAACGACCUGUCAAACAAUACCUGCCAGUGGGAAGGUCUAGUAUAUCUAAGGGGGUAGCGACAUAGUCUUGCAUCUUGGACGCUAUUUUUAUUCGAAAUAUCAUUCGCCAAUCCUGCCAGUUCUUAAAAAAAUGUACAAGCAGUUUUUUUUUAAUUAUUAUUUUUAUAGUGUUCGAUAUAAAAUAUUUAAAUGUAAUCCAUUAUUCAUGAUUUUACGUAUUGUAGAUAGAAUUCAUCGUAUGUCGCAAUCGUCAGAUCUACCAAACCUGCCCACUGGCAAUUCAUUUUUUUGGAAUGCCUAAUAUUUUAUUAUAUUUUUGUUUUGUUUAUGGUUUGAUCUUGGGAAAUUAGUUAUUAACAAAUUGUUCAGAUUUGCUUUUAGAUUAUCAGCUCAAGUACCAAACGUAGUGAUUAUUUAGUGAUAUUUACAAAAAUGUGGUCAUGUGUAUACACAUUAUUUAUUAUUCAUAAUAUUAUUAUUGUAAAUAUGUAGGUAUAAUUAAUUUCUAAUUUAUAAAAUUGUCGUUUAUUAUUAAUUUUACAUUUUUGUUUUGUUUUAUUUGCUUUAUUUAAAUAGUUUAUGUUUCAAGAGUAUUGUUCUUGUACUUAAUUAUCAAUUAUUUAUCGACUUUGCUUUGUUUAUUAUUAAAAUUCUGUGAUUCAACAUAUUCAUUCCUUUAAGUUAUACAUCUGAAUAUUAGAUAGUUUGGAGAAACAUUAUCUGAAAAACGUCAAUAAUGUUAAAUCGAUAGUUUUGGUUGUCAUCAAUUUGGAUCUGUAACAGGAAAUUGUUAACACGUUAGCCGCCAAUAUUGUUGGUUGGUAUCACACAGAGCUAACAAUUUUUUUUUCAGCUGCAUUCGUUCGUUUUUUUAUCCACUUAAUCAAUAUGAACAUCUAUUAAUGUUUUCUACCAUUUUUGCAUUAAAAAAAUCUCCGUCGUCGGUACAUGAGUCAAAAACAUUCACUUAUAUACCAAUCGACGCCCUAAGGCAGUGCUCCCCAACCUUUUUAUCGCCGCGGACCGGUCAACGUUUAAUAAUUUUACCGCGGCCCGCUGUUUAUAUUUUAGAUUGUUUUGAUUUAAUAAUUUUAAUUUAAUUGUAUUUAAAUAUGCCUUAAAAAUAAAAUAGUUACAC